UUUUUUUUUUUUUUUUUUGUUUGUUUGUUUGUUUGUUUGUUUGUUGUUGUUAAUCUUCGUGUGUUUGAUCCGCCCUUCUUCAGCAUUCAUUUCCCGCUACUUUGUGCCCCAACUUUCUUGUUUCUUCUUUAUCUUCCAACCCUUCUGAGUUCUUCUGACCUUCAUUUCUGAUUCGCCGACAGUUCCGACAUUUUUGGGAUUGGAUUUGUUUUUGUGUUUUGGGGUUUCAAAUUACACCGCCCCUUUUGUUAACUCCUUCUAGGGUUUCCAUUUGUGGCAUCCAUUUCCUAGGGUUUCAUCUUCUUCCUCGUGGCUAGAUUAGAUUUGGGUGUCUUCUUGGUUUCUCUUCUUUUCUAUUGGGUAUGUUUUUCUUCUGGGAAAUUUGAUUUUUUAACUUGGGGAUCCUGAAAUUUUCGUUCAGGAUUGUUGUAUGCUUGUUCGGAUUGAUUAUGCUUUUGGCAAUUUUUAACUUCAAACGCGAACGAAUCCGCAGGGGGGAAGGAAUUGUAUCGCGUUUGGUUUAUCGACUACUCGAAGUUUCAUUUUUGACUGUUAACAGCCUAAUCAAAAGGUUUGGGGAAAUUCUUUAAUUUCAAUCUCUUUUUAGUUAGCUACUCCUCUCUUAGUGUUUUUAUUUUCUGCUUGUUGUUUGGUUUGUUUUUGGAUUAAGGAGGAAGAAUUAUAAUCUCUUCUUUGUGGCGGUCUAAUUGUCGUAGAGUUAAUUGAGUUGUGGGAAAGUCUAGGCUUGCAUGGGCGAACAUGAGGGGUGGGCACAGCCACCAAGUGGGCUAUUGCCCAACGGUUUAUUGCCCGAUGAGGCAGCUACAGUCAUGCGCGUUCUUGAUUCGGACAGAUGGUCGAAGGCGGAGGCGCGAACCGCCGAGCUAAUUGCCUGCAUUCAGCCCAAUCCUCCCGCCGAAGACCGGCGAAAUGCGGUUGCAGACUAUGUGCAACGACUGAUCAUGAAAUGCUUCCCUUGCCAGGUCUUCACAUUUGGGUCUGUUCCCUUGAAAACAUAUUUGCCUGAUGGAGAUAUUGACCUAACAGCAUUUAGCCGGAAUCACAAUUUGAAGGAGACAUGGGCUCAUCAGGUUCGGGAUAUGCUUGAGAGUGAGGAGAAGAAUGAGAAUGCUGAAUUUCGUGUAAAAGAAGUUCAAUACAUUAAAGCUGAGGUUAAGAUAAUCAAGUGCCUUGUGGAAAAUAUAGUUGUAGACAUCUCAUUUGACCAGCUUGGUGGAUUGUGCACACUUUGUUUCCUGGAGGAGGUUGACCAUUUAAUAAACCAAAGCCACUUGUUCAAGCGAAGCAUUAUACUGAUCAAAGCAUGGUGUUAUUAUGAAAGUCGAAUAUUGGGUGCACACCAUGGGCUUAUAUCUACUUAUGCUUUGGAAACCUUGGUCCUCUACAUAUUUCAUGUGUUUAACAAUCCCUUUGCUGGUCCCCUUGAGGUCCUUUAUCGCUUUUUGGAGUUCUUUAGCAAGUUUGACUGGGAUAAUUUUUGUGUUAGCCUAUGGGGUCCUGUACCUAUUAGUUCCCUCCCAGACGUGACAGCUGAACCUCCGCGUAGAGAUGGUGGAGAUUUACUUCUCAGCAAGUUAUUUCUUGAAGCAUGCAGUUCGGUAUAUGCUGUUUUUCCUGGGGGCCACGAGAAUCAAGGGCAGCCUUUUGUUUCUAAAUAUUUUAAUGUAAUAGAUCCUUUGCGUGUAAACAACAACCUUGGGCGUAGUGUAAGCAAAGGUAACUUCUUCAGGAUACGCAGUGCAUUUGCAUUUGGAGCUAAAAGACUGGCACGAUUGUUUGAAUGCCCCAGAGAAGACAUCCUUUUAGAAUUGAACCAAUUUUUUUUGAAUACGUGGGAGAGACAUGGCAGUGGUCAACGUCCGGAUGUUCCAAAGACCGAGUUGAAGUACGGGAGAUUAUCAGAGCAUUCUUAUGGUUCUUUGAAUCUCAGAAAUAAAUCAAACAGCAAAAGAAAUGAAAACUUUUCUGGUCAUGAAACCCAAGAUGUUUGGUCGCGUGGCUCUCAUACUGUGUACUCCCUUCAAGGUAAUUCUCCCACGGAAAAUGCAGCUAGAAAUGACGCUACUACAACUUCUCGUAAUCAAGCACAAAGGAGUUCUGGCAGCUCAAACAACUCAAGGUCCUCUGAUGUUAGUAGGAAAGAAACGAACUACAAUCAUGGUAACAUUAUAGAUAGAAGUCAGAGAUAUUCCAAACCCGAGAACCUUGUGAAUGAUGUACAGGGAAGGUUUCUGUUUGCGAGGACACGUUCUAGCCCAGAGCUUACCGACACCUACUGUGAAGUUUCAUCUCCAUCAAGGCGUAACAGAGUUCCUGAAAGUGGAAAAACCCAUUCUAACAGAACAGAUGCCAGCAGGAGGAAGAACCUAGAAUCUGAUAAUGUGGAAAACCACUUGAGGUCUUUGACCGACGAUCCUUCUACGGUUAGACAUAUCCCAUCCCGUCAGAGCAUUGAUGCUGCUAGUGAUUCCAAUUGUGGUUCAAAUAGUUUCCAGAAUGAGUCUGGCCCAGGGACUGUUGGUGAGGAUUUUGCUUCUAUUUCUGGGACAUUGGCGAUGCAUCAAGAGGAGCAAGAUCUUGUUAACUUGAUGGCUUCAUCUUCGGCCCUUAAUUUUAAUGGACAUGUUCAUCUGCCACUGAACUUGGCGGCAGGUCACCUACCUCUUCCAUUACCUUCUUCUGUUUUAGCCCCUAUGGGGUACGCUCCUAGGAGCUUGGGAGGUAUGGUUCCCACCAAUAUUCCCUUGAUUGAGACUCCUUGGGGCACAAAUAUGCAUUUCCCACAAGGUUUUGUUCCUUCUCCAUUGACUCAGUAUUUCCCUGGCAUGGGAUUAACAAGUUCAGAAGAUGGCAUUGACUCGGGCAAUGAAAAUUUUAGUUCUGUAGAAAUUAAUUCACGAGAGGGUGAUCAAGACUUUUGGCAUGAGCAAGAUAGAAGUUCUACUGUGGGGUUCGAUCAGGACAACGAGGGAUUCGAAGUGUCUCAGACAGAAGAUAAGCAGCAGUCAACUUCUGGAGGUCUUAACUAUGUUCCUUCGUCUCGAAUGUCAGCAUCUGGCAGUACUACUGUUCCCCAUAAAAAGCAUGCGAAAGAAAAUCGAGUGGCAAUGAAGGAUGGGAAUGUUAAUGCUAAUGCUUAUCAAGACGACCGAGAGAAUGAAGCAGGUUAUGAUGACAAACCAUCGUCCUUUAGGCCAUUGACCACUCGCGCACAAUCUAGUGGCCUAAGAAAUAAGACCACCACCGAAAGUUCUUGGGACGAGUUGCCUUCAAGAGCCUCAAAAUCAUCUAGGGAGAAACGGGGAUGGAAAUCGAAUACCUCUGAGCUGUCAUCCUCUUAUGGGAAAGGCAAAAAUGUUUCUGAACAUUCAUCUAUCGCGACUGAUGAAGAUAGCAAAGAUUGGAAUCACCUACCAACUAUAGGUACCGAAAUGGCCGAAAUAAGCGGUGGACCUCAAUCAAUGGCUGCAUCCAUGCAUGCUACAAGGCAUCAAAUAGCUGGACUUGAACCACCCCAUACUCCUGGGUCAGAUCCACUAAUACCAUUUUCUCCAAUGCUCUUGGGCCAAGGUUCUAGACAAAGAGCUGGGGACAAUUCUGGGGUGGUUCCUUUUGCCUUUUAUCCUACAGGGCCGCCCGUUCCGUUUGUUACAAUGCUUCCAGUUUAUAAUAUUCCAUCAGAGACGGGAACUUCGGAUGCUUCAACUAGUCAUUUCAGCGAGGAGGAAUCCUUGGAUAAUGUUGAUUCGGCUCAGAAUACCGAUUCCGAAGGACAUAAUAAGCCUGAUGUUUUAACCAUCUCUAAUCCUGUGAAAGGGUCUUCCUCUACUGAAUCUUCAGAUCCCAAAUAUGACAUUCUUAACAGUGAUUUCGCAAGUCAUUGGCAAAAUUUGCAAUAUGGGCGGUUUUGCCAGAGCUCUCGGCAUCCUUCACCUGUGAUUUAUCCUUCACCUGUAGUCGUACCUCCUGUCUACCUACAGGGUCGUUUUCCAUGGGAUGGUCCUGGAAGACCUCUUUCAGCCAACAUGAACUUAUUUACUCUGGGUUAUGGGUCUCGUUUAGUUCCUGUUGCUCCUCUCCAGUCCGUUUCUAACAGGCCGAAUAUAUAUCAGCAUUACAUUGAUGAAAUGCCGAGACAUCGCAGUGGGACCGGAACAUACUUGCCAACUCCUAAGGCCUCAGCACGGGAACGACAUUCGUCAAAUUCUAGACGAGGAAACUAUAGCUACGAUAGAAGUGAUAGUCAUGGUGAAAGAGAAGGGAACUUGAACAUCAAUCCAAAACCACGAGGCUCUAGUCGCCGUGGUCAAGUUGACAAGCCGAAUUCCAGGUUAGACCGCUUGUCUUCAAGUGAGAAUCGAGCUGAAAGAGCAUGGAGCUCACAUAGACAUGAUUCCAUGACUUAUCCUUCCCAGAAUGGUCCGCUCCGUCCGAACUCCACACAGGGUGGUACUACUAGUAUGACUUAUGGCAUGUAUCCACUGCCAGGCAUGAAUCCUGGCGUGGUGUCCUCUAAUGGACCUUCUAUGCCCUCUGUUGUGAUGUUUUAUCCGUUGGAUCAUAAUGGUGGGUAUGGCUCACCUGCAGAACAGCUUGAGUUUGGAUCUCUUGGACCUGUAGGUUUUUCCAACGUAAAUGAAAUGCCUCAAAUGAAUGAAGGAGGCAGAAUGAGUAGAGCAUUUGAGGAUCAAAGGUUUCAUGGUAGCUCGAAUCAACGUACUCCUCUCGAAGAACCUCCUUCGCCUCGUCUACCAAGGUAGCCUUAGCUCAAUUUCCUUCACGACUGAACUAUUUUCCAAGAUAGGAAAGCAUCAACUGAAAAAGAAGGUAUGACAUGACUGUCGAGCUGUGUUGGUUGCGUACUUUGAUUCUACUUGCAGCUUGCAGCAUCUCAGGAGCCAUAGCCGUGCACCCCCGAUACGAGCAAUGCGCAUCAGGAACCCCCUACCCUUUGCACUGUUUUUCCUCCAAGGGCAUCCACAUUUGGGGAUUCUCCCUUGUUUUGUUUUGGCAAAUAAAUAUAUCAAAGAGGAACUUUUGGUCGAGCCGAGGGUGAUCUGAUCUGCCUGCCUGCGUAUUGCAUUUUGAACCGAGGUAGCUGUCGACAAGUGGACGAGGUCUCUGAAAGCUCGUUCUUACUCGGC